AUGCUGCACGCCCUCCUCUCUGCGGCAUGCAGCUUCAAGCUCCCCGCCCUCGACCUCAAGCUCCCGUCUCCGUCUCUCGCGGAGGACGGCCGCUUUGGCGGAGGCGGCUACGCGACGGCGCUCCGGGUCUGUGCGGAUGUGCUCAGCAGUCCCAACGACUCGGGCGGGUGGCGGGAGCUUGGGACGCUGCUGCACGGGAAGGGUCGGCUCGACGCCUCCGCCAUGGCUCUCCGGCGCGCGACUCAGAUCGAGCCGCUCGACUCUGAGGCGCACGUGGCGCUCGCCGAGGUCUGGCUGACCGAGGUUGCGAGCGAGGAGGAGUGCGAGUGGGUGAUUGCGACGGCGGAGGAGCACAACGCGGCCAAGGGCGGCUGGGCCUGCCGGCAGCCGCGCUUUGCUCCCGAGGGGACCGUCGCCAACGCGGUGCGCGCGCCCGACAUGCUCGUCGCAGACGAGCCGCGGCUGCUCGCGUGGCUCAACGAAAAGUGCGACCACACGAUCCUGCCCGCUCUCGAGGCGCAGUUUGGAAUUCCGGCGCGCGAGCUCUGGCUGUACGACACCUUCCUGCUCAAGCUCGGGGUCCACGUGGACGACGACGGGUUCGGCCUCUCGUUCAACGUGCUGCUCUCCGACCCGGCCGACUUCGAGGGCGGCGGGACGCGCUUCCCGCCAAACGCCUUCAGCAGCGAGGCGGCGGUCUACACGCCGCGGCGCGGGCAGAUGCUCUCGCACUACGGCGGGCUGCGGCACGCGAGCGUGCCAUGCACGGGCGGGCUGCGGUACAUCAUGGUCGGCUUCGUCCGCGCGGAGAGGCUGGUCGAGCUGCGGCUCGAGGACGCGGCGUAUGGCGCGAGAACGGGGGAGGGUUAA